AUGAAUUCAAUUCGGGUUGCAAUUGAACGCAGCUUGAUCAAUAUCACUUACGCUGACUUGGAGCGUCACCCUCAAGCACCGGUUAAGGAGCCCAUCGCGACUCGAACCGCGAAUACUUCUGAUGAUUUAAGUCACAUACAGAUCGGGGCGCAUACAACGAUCUCAGAGGUGCGACUAAAUGUGUUAACCCAUCAAUUCGAUCCCUCUGGGUUCGCUUUCCCCUAUCGUGGCCGAGGUCCAGUUUGGGCUGAUGGAUCCUGUGCCAUUGAUGUUUCCGUGGUGCUAGGGAUGCUGAGUGACGCUGGCUGCACAGUCGUGGACCGUGAAAAUGAUGCAGAUAAGGCCUUCGGAGAAAUUGAACGCGCUUUUAUCCAGGUCACCAACAUGAACUGGGAUGCUUUUAAUGAUGAAGUGUCAAUUCAGCUCCGUCAUUCAUUCUAUAAAUUGCUGUGCGACAACUGUCCCAGUAUCGAGAUCAAUGAGCCCAUUCCAAUCUGGACGGUUUGGGCAGAGUCUACCAGGUCUUUUAAACAGUUUACUUUUGGAUAUAUUGAGGCUCCCAUUGAGCAAUGUGUCCAUUGCGGGAAUACAAUCAAAGAUGUUAAACGGGGGACCGGGCAUACCAUUAUCCCCCCAUGGAAGGCUAAUGACGAAAAAGGUGUUACAGUGCCGGAGCUGGUAGAACGCUGUUGGAACAGUGAGCCCAAGCACAUUAUCUGUGAGGGCUGCGGCUCGCACACCGGACCAACGGUUAUACGAGCCGUGGAAAAGCUUCCUCUGCGCCUGGUCGUGAGUACGUCAGCUGGCUUUCUAGUUUUGAAUCACACUCAAGACCUUGUGUUCAAUUAUAUUGAUACCGAGGGCUUCACACGGACGGCAACCUAUCGUUGGCUUGGUGGUGCUUAUUAUCGGAAUAAUCACACCCGGGUCUACUGGACAGAUGCUGAACGGGGUGGCUUUGAUACAGGCUAUAUCCGUAAGUAUGAUAGCAUGGAUGCUGCAGGAACAAUUAUUGGGGGACUGCCCCCGUAUGCUCAGGAUGAGCGAAUUCAUCCCGAUUGGACUGAAAAGGGUAUUCCGAUCAUCAUCUAUGAGCGUGUCAUGAAUCCAUCCACGGAUGUGCUGCACGCCGCUCAACAGUCGGUCUCAGACAUGAUGAACAUGGUGUCCGAAGGAAAAUAUGUUCUCAACGAACAUUAUCCAUGGCUUCCAACGCCUCCGGUGCCCCGGCGACCUGAACCGCGAAUCCUGCCCGACUACGGCGACCGUUUUGUCGAAUCUUCCACCAGUUCCGGGAACCUGAUAUAUCAGACGUCAGAUCAUGCUGCAAAUGGCCGGCCUGGAGUUGAAUUGACCGGCGAUUCUAAGUACGCCGUUGCGCGGUGGAUCGCUGAGAAGAUUAUCGACAUUGAUGGAUUGUCGAGUGACUCUGCAGGGAACAUGUCUAUGAAACGUAGGGCAUCACAACUCGGUCUAUUGGAAGACCCACCAUUCGAGCAGGCUAAAAAGUGUUCAAAAAUCUUCACUUCCUUGCUGGAUGACCCAUCGUCUCUUCGUGAUUGUCCUGAGGUUUGGGAGGGUAGUGUUCCCCCCACAUCAGGAGGAAUGAUGCGCUUCCCAAAACUCUCAGUGCCAUUGUCUUCAAAAAGAGACAGGUCAAAGGGGAGCUCACUGUGGGAAUAUUUCCAAACGGCGAAAGAAAUAUCGGGCUCGAAGAAUCCUUCAAAGUCUGGAGCUGCAGGAGUGGUCAAUUGGGUGAGCAUGAAUCAGGCUAUCUGCAACACACGCCGUCCUCCGUACUGUGUUUACCCCAUUCCUGUGGCGCUAAUCAAGAAGGCCAUGAAAGAAAGGGCCUCGGAACUCCAGGAGGAACAGCAAGAGCUGUACGGGCGGAGAAAGAGAGCGCAAAUGGAGGGGACCAAGGAUGAAGGGACAUCUCCGAUACGGAAACGGAGGAUUAGGGCGUGA